AUGGCACAAAACUCAUACAGACCAUUAAAGCUUUGUACUGUUAUGAGAGCCUUUGGUUUGCGGUUUAUCGCCAAGGCAUUUUUUUUUGUUUCUUAUGACUCAUUACAUUAUGUGAAAACUUUCAGUGAUGAGGGGCAGUUCCUUUAUGAGAUUGGAUGCAAAGGAUCUGGCGACAGGCAGCUGAGAAGGCCUCAAGGCCUUGCAAUAGACAAAUUAAACAAUCCAGUUGUAUGUGAUAGCGACAAUAAGAGGCUUCAAGUUUUUUCUCUGGAAGGAAAAUUCCCGAACUCUGUUACUGAAGAAGUUUCUGGACCUGACUCUGUUACUGUUGUUAAGAAUGGCCACCUGCUCUUUUGUGAUUUAUAA